AUGGCAAAUAUUGAUCUGAAAGAUGCAUAUUUUUGUUUACCAAUACACAGUACUUCUUGUAAGUUCUUGAGGUUUUAUUUUAGCAACAAAUUAUAUGAAUUUCAAGUGCUUCCUUUUGGACUGUCAUCAGCUCCUUAUGUUUUUACCAAAUUAAUGAAACCCAUUGUUACAUACCUAAGAAAACAAGGUUUUUCAUCGGUUAAUUAUUUAGAUGAUUUUUUAUGUAUUGAAAAUUCAUUUGAAAAGUGUGAACAAAAUGUCAAAGCCACCUGUAAAUUACUGGAAUCUUUAGGUUUUAUUAUUAAUUAUAAUAAAAGUAAACUCAUACCAGAGAAAAAUUGCAAAUUCCUCGGCUUUAUACUAGAUUCAGAAAACUAUGUGUUGGGUAUACCAGAAGUCAAAAGAAAUGAUCUUUAUAAAAAACUAAAAACAUUCUGUAAAGCUAAGACAUGUACUAUACGUUGUUUUGCUUCUUUGAUAGGUAGCUUAAUUGCAGUGUGUCCUGCCAUUCCUUAUGGCAUGUUGUACACAAAAAGACUAGAACGUUUAAAAUUUUUGGCCCUUCAGGCAAAUAAAGGAAAUUAUGAUAGCAAAUUGGUUUUAGGAAGUGACAUCAUAGAAGAUUUUACUUGGUGGGAAAAUCAUAUACACAUAUCCACAAAUCCCAUUAGAGAGGCUAAGUAUAAAAAGGAAAUAUUUACCGAUGCCUCCUUAACAGGAUGGGGGGUGGUCUGCAAUAAUGAAAAGCUUCAUGGUUAUUGGAAUAACAAGGAUAAAAAGCAUCAUAUAAAUUAUUUAGAGCUUAAAGCUAUAUAUUUUGCCUUACAGUGUUUGUGUAAAGACCUAAGAGAUUGUCAAAUUUUGUUACGCUGUGAUAACACCACAGCAAUUUCUUAUAUAAAUCGAAUGGGUGGGAUACAAUACCCACAUUUAAAUAACUUAGCUAGAAAAAUUUGGCAGUUUUGUGAAAAUAAAAAUAUAUUUAUUUUUGCAUCAUAUAUCCCUUCCACAGAAAAUUAUCUUGCAGAUAGAGAAUCUAGGAAAAUAAAUGAAAGCACCGAAUGGGAACUUCAUGGCCAUGCAUAUAAAGAAAUUAUUGCUAGACUAGGUUCUCCGUGUAUAGAUCUUUUUGCAUCAAGAAUAAAUACAAAAUGUAAAUUGUUUGUGUCAUGGCAUAUGGAACCAAACUGUUGGGCUGUUGAUGCAUUUACCAUUUCAUGGAAAAAUCUAUAUUUUUAUGCAUUUCCACCUUUUUCUCUCAUAUUAAAAUGCUUAAGAAAAAUAGAAGAUGACAAUGCAAUAGGAAUUAUAGUGGAGCUGUCAUCCACUUCACCAGAGCCUUACAUUAGUUGCAGCCAUUGUAUCAAAAACAUGUAUUUAAAGAAGGGCUAUUCUGAAAAGAGUAUUUCUAUUAUAAUAAGUUCCUUAUCUAAAAACACUUUGAAACAAUAUGAUUCCUCUCUAAGACAAUGGUGGAAUUUUUGCCAAAAUAACAUUAAAGAUCCAUAUAAAAAGGAUAUACCAAGUAUUUUAUCGUUUCUUACUGAAAAAUUUGAAAGUGGAAGUGCUUAUAGUACCAUUAAUUCUGUUAGAUCCGCAUUAUCACUGUUAUUUAAUUGUGAUUUGGGUAAUCAUAAAGACAUAAAGAGGUUUUUUGAUGGUUUAUACAAAAUAAGACCAAACAAACCAAAAUAUGAAGAAACGUGGGAUCCAGCCCAAGUCUUAGAAUAUUUAGCCAAUUUUUAUCCCAAUAUUAAUUUAUCUUUAGAAGUAUUAACAAAGAAGUUGGUUAUGUUAUUAAUGUUAGUUACUGCUCAGAGACUGCAAACUAUGGUUUUAAUUAAAAUAGAAAAUAUCAAAAUUGAAUCAUCCGGUGUAAAAAUUAGAAUCCCAGAUUUGAUUAAAACGUCAAGAAAAAAUAAAUUUCAACCAUUACUCCAUAUACCUUUUUUCACAGAUAAUGUAUGUAUAUGUCCAGCACAAACCUUAAUAGACUAUUUACAAAGAACGAUUGAACUUCGUCUGUCUGUUCAAAACUUGUUUAUAAAUUUUAAAAAACCUCACAAUUCAGCAUCAACACAUACUUUAGCUAGAUGGAUCAAGGAUAUUUUGUCAAAAUCUGGCAUAGAUACCUCAUUAUUUACCGCUCAUAGUACUAGACAUGCCUCAACAUCUUUAGCAAAUCGCAGUGGUAUUAAUAUUGACCAUAUCAGAAAAACUGCCGGUUGGACUAAUAGAUCUAGCACGUUUGCAAAAUUUUAUAAUAAGCCUAUAAUUGAUCAAAAUAAUUUUAGUACUUGUAUACUAGCUAGUAUAAGUAAGUAA